AGCAACGCCGCUCUGCCGAAGGCCCGAAGGGAAACGGAAGUGACGAGGUAGCUCAUCAAUUGCCUUGUUUGAAACGUAUUUUCCGGGUGUGGGGGCCCUUGUCGAGUGCCGAAAUGGCGGUUUUCCCGCUACAUACGGCCCCGCUGAGCCGCUAAAAAUGCUUUCCAGUCGGCGACUGCAAGUCCGGCUCGCAGUCGUAUCGUCACGUCACGACGACGCACGACGCGCGGGGAAUGCUGGGAGCAAAGAGGAGGAACAGCCAAGAUGGCGGACGUAGUGGACUAGCGAUGUGCCCUUCGUCGGUCUUACCCCAAUUUCGUCUUGAGAACCGAAUAUAACAAGUGUUGUAUUGGUUCGCGGUAUUCCUCAAGUGUUUACUUUGAGAUUCAUUGUUUUCAUCAGUGGUUUUUCAUCUACAAAUCUGGAAUUAGCGGCAACCUUGUGGGUUACCCGACGAGCACGAGAAGCUCCUCACAAAAUGGCAGCAAGAACCCUGCGUUCAGUGAAAGUGUGAAUUUUAAGCCGAACUUUGGUUCCUAUCAGCUGUUUUAUAAACACUGCUGCUGUUUUAUCGGCUCCCUCUCUAAUGUUGUUCGCUUGAGAACAAUUUCUUGACUCAAUACGGGCAUCGUGGGCACUGCCACAGAAAAUAUCUGGAACAAUGCAUCAGGUUUUGGCUGCAGAUGGUUCAGAAUCAGAUUCUGAGAAAAAUUCAUCAGCUUCUGACAAUGAGUCCAACUCGUCCUCAGCUGCAUCAGGAUCCGAAAGUGAUUCUGGGUCUGGCAGCUCAUCUUCCAAGUCGGCGUCUGGCAGCGGCUCUGACUCUGAGGGCAGUCAAGAUGAGCUCAACAAAUCUCGUUCAUCGGCACAAAAGUCGUAUUCAGAGAAGUCGUCACCGGCUAAGUCAACUCCAGAGAAAAUGCGGCCUAGCUCUAGGUCUAGGGACAGGAUUGAUCUAAAACAGGUAAAGAAGAAUCGAGAUAAAUCUUCAUCCCGGGCAACAGCAGAGUGUUGGGAAAAAGACCCCGACGUGUAUGGUAUCAGACGGUCUGGUCGUUCCAGAAAAGAGCCAGAGCGUCUCAGAGUGAACGAAAGUGACUCUGGAGAGAAGGUUCGUUCCAAACGAAGUUCCAGAGGUUCCAGGAGCCAAUGGAAUUCUGACUCUGAAUCAGAUUCUCAGGAUUCAUAUGAUGAACGGCCACCACCUAGUAAAUCAGUACAACAACGAAAUCGUAAUAUUGCAGCAAGGCGCCCAAUUGCUAAACCUAGCGCACAUUCUUCGUCAAGAAGAGAUGACAAAAAGACACAAAAAAGACGAAGAGGAAGUGAUUCCUCUGACGAAUCUAGUUUGGAUAGUGAAAAUGGGGGUACUAACAGGUUAUAUUCCAACGCCUACUACGAUGAUGACCCCUACAGACAAACAUCACUUCGAACAAACAAGUCCGUCACCUACAAGGAGGCAAGUGAAGACGAGACUGGCUCUGAGGACCUCAUGGACGUUGAUGAGGAGGAGAUGACAGCAGCUGCUGCUGCAGCUGAAUCGGACAACGCCGAAACGAUAGAGAAAGUUCUUGCUGCUCGCAGAGGGAAACGUGGAGUUGUCGGGAAUGUGACUACAAUGUAUGCCGUUGAAGAGAGUGGUGAUCCCAACGAAGGAUGUGACCCAAAUGAUUUAGCCAAUACAGAAAUGCAGUAUUUAAUUAAGUGGAAAAACUGGUCCCACAUUCACAACACCUGGGAAUCUGAACAUUCUCUCAAAGAAAACAAGGUUAAAGGUUUGAAAAAAUUGGAGAACUUUAUCAAGAAAGAGGAUGAAAUUAAUUUAUGGCGUUCUCAUUCAACUCGUGAAGACUUGGAAUAUUAUGAUUGCCAAAUGGAAUUGUCUCAAGAGUUAUUGAAAAGUUAUACCAGAGUUGAGCGCAUUAUUGCUGAAACACCCAAAACUGAUGUACAAUGGGACUACUAUGUGAAGUGGGAGAGUUUACCGUACUCUGAAGCAACUUGGGAAGAUGGAAUACUCAUUAGAGGCAGAUGGCCUGAGAAGGUGAAAGAGUUCAGAGAAAGAGAAGAGUCCAAACGUUACCCUUCUAAGAUGUGUAAGGUAUUAAAGUACCGGCCGAAAUUUAUAAAAAUUGAAAGCCAACCUUCUUACUUUGGAAGUCAUCCCGACAUGCUUCUCAGAGACUAUCAGAUGGAUGGCUUAAACUGGUUAGUGGGCUCAUGGACCAAAAACAACUCUGUGAUCCUUGCUGAUGAGAUGGGUCUGGGUAAAACAAUCCAAACAAUUUGCACUCUUUAUUACUUGUUUAUGGAAUACCAUCUGUAUGGUCCAUUCCUUCUCGUUGUUCCUUUGUCAACCAUGACUUCAUGGCAGCGGGAAUUCAUGCAGUGGGCUCCAGACAUGAAUGUUGUCACUUAUCUUGGUGAUGUCCAAUCCAGAAACAUUAUUAGAGAUUAUGAGUGGUUCUUUGCCGGCUCCAGGCGCCUGAAGCCUAACGCUGUACUUACCACGUAUGAAAUUGUAUUGAAAGAUAAAGCAUUUCUUGGGAGCCAAAGCUGGGCAGGUUUGAUGGUUGACGAAGCUCACCGCCUCAAAAAUGAUGACUCUUUGUUGUACAAAGCUCUUAAAGACUUUGAUACUAAUCAUCGUCUCCUCAUCACUGGAACCCCCCUGCAAAACAGCCUGAAAGAGCUGUGGGCUCUUCUGCAUUUCAUUAUGCCGCACAAGUUUGAGUCUUGGGAGAUGUUUGAACAGGAGCACGAGGACAGUGCAAAGAAGGGGUACACCAAGCUUCACAAACAACUGGAGCCAUACAUCAUUCGACGUGUGAAGAAGGAUGUAGAAAAGUCACUGCCAGCAAAGGUGGAACAAAUUCUCAGAGUUGAAAUGACAUCUGUUCAGAAACAGUACUACAAGUGGAUUUUAACUAAGAAUUACAAUGCUCUUCGCAAAGGUGUGAAAGGCUCUUCAACUACUUUCCUUAACAUUGUUAUUGAGCUGAAAAAAUGCUGUAAUCAUGCAUUGCUCACAAAGCCCAUAGAUCCUGCUGAAAAUACCUUCAAACCACCAGCAGAACAUAUUAAGGAACUGGUGCGAGGUUCUGGCAAACUUGUGCUGCUUGACAAGCUUCUUGUCAGGUUAAGAGAGACAGGCCACAGAGUCCUUAUUUUCUCCCAGAUGGUCAGGAUGCUUGACAUUCUGGCAGAGUACCUCCAGCUUAGACAUUUCCCUUUCCAAAGACUUGAUGGCAGUAUCAAGGGUGAACUCCGCAAACAGGCGCUUGAUCACUUUAAUGCUGAAGGGUCCCAAGACUUCUGCUUCCUUUUGUCAACAAGGGCUGGUGGUCUUGGAAUCAACCUUGCAACAGCUGACACAGUCAUCAUCUUUGACUCCGAUUGGAAUCCUCAAAAUGACUUACAGGCUCAAGCUCGGGCUCACCGUAUUGGUCAGAAAAAUCAAGUCAACAUUUAUCGGCUUGUCACAAGGUCUUCAGUAGAGGAAGAUAUUGUAGAGAGGGCAAAAGAGAAAAUGGUUCUUGACCAUCUUGUCAUUCAAAGAAUGGACACUACAGGAAGAACGGUUUUGGACAAGAAAUCAGCAUCAUCAUCAACACCCUUUAACAAAGAUGAACUCACUGCCAUCCUCAAGUUUGGAGCGGAAAAGCUCUUUGAAAAGGAAGAUGCUGACGAUGAUGAGGAUGAGCCCACAUGUGACAUUGAUGACAUUUUGCGACGUGCUGAAACACGAGAUGAAGCCCCCACCAUGGCGGGUGAUGAGCUUCUAUCGGCUUUCAAGGUAGCUACUUUUGCCAUAGAUGAAGAUGAAGGUCCUGAAAACCUGCCUAAAGCUGAGGAGGAUGAGGAGAGUAAGGAUUGGGAUGACAUCAUCCCAGAGAAUUUCCGGAAAAAGGUGGAGGAGGAGGAAAAAGCUAAGGAAAUGGAAGAUCUGUACUUGCCUCCUCGAAGCCGCAAAACACUCCAGCAACUGAAUCAAUCAGAAAGUGAAGGAGAAGGUAGCGGGCGGGGCCGCAAGCGUAGAAAAGCGGGUGAAGAGUCUGCCUCUAGUGAAGAGGAGAGCGAUGAAGAAAGACCAAAGAAGAGAGGGCGCCCGUCAAGAAGAGAGAACAUCAAGGGUUUCAAUGAUGCUGAGAUUCGACGCUUUGUCAAGAGUUAUAAGAAGUUUGCUGCUCCCCUGAAGCGAUUAGAGGCCAUAGCUGAAGAUGCCGAACUCACAGACAAGUCGCAGAGUGACCUGAGAAAGCUGGCUGAAGUCUUGAGAGAGCGUUGCUUGCAAGCUGUGUCUGAAAACCAAGAAAAUCAAGAGGGUGAGGACAACAAAGGGUCGAAGCAGAAGGGCCGAGUUUCAUUGAAACUCGGAAAUGUUGCUGUGAAUGCAAAGGCUGUUUUGUCCUGCGAGGAGGAAAUGGCCCCCCUAGAAGAUGCAAUUCCAAGCGAACCAAAUGAGCGUGCUAAAUGGACUAUAGACUUUAAAACUAAGUUUGCCAACUUUGAUUGUGACUGGGCGGCUGAAGACGACUCAGCUCUUCUCAAAGGAAUACACCAAUAUGGCAUGGGAUCUUGGGAGGCCAUUAAACUAGAUUCCUCUCUUGGGCUUAGUGACAAAAUUGUUCUUAAUGAAGACAAGAAACCCCAAGGAAAGCAUUUACAAACUCGUGCAGAGUAUUUGCUAAGACUUCUUCGUAAAUAUAGUGAUCAAAAGAAAGGAGUGGCGAAGCCUAAGCGGCAAAGGAAGGCAACAGUGAAAGCCUUAACCAAAGAAAUAAUUGAAAAUGAUGACUCUUCAGGAGAAGAUAACACCAAUAACUCAGCUGCAACAAGUCUCAAUUCCAGUAGGAAAGGUUCCAAAAAGAGUUCAGAAGGAAAGAAAUCGGAUGAUGACGAUGACCACAAGGAUGCUGAAGAUUUCAAAGAAACUAAGAAGGAUAAAAAGAAGAAGGAACCAAAAGAAGGCAAAGACAAGAAAGAAAAGAAGAAGAAGAAAAAACAAGAAGGACCAAUGCACUUCACAGCUAAUAGCGAACCAGUUUCUCUUGACUUACUUGGUCACCUUGACCCCCAGAUUUUCAAAGAGUGCAAAGAAAAAAUGCGACCAGUCAAAAAGUCCCUUAUUGCCCUUGACAAUCCGGAUACAUCAUUAUCUGAGCAAGAACAGUUGAAGAAAACGAGGCAGUGUCUUAUGCUCAUAGGAGACAACAUCAACAAGUGUCUAAGCGAGCUCAAAGAUCCUGAAAAGGUUAAAGCAUGGAGAAAUUAUCUAUGGUAUUUUGUAUCCAAAUUUACAGAGUUUGACGCUAAAAAGCUAUUUAAGUUUUACUGCAAGUACACUGAGAAAAAGACUCAUCAUGAUGAGAAGAAAGAGAAAAAGAAGGAUAAAGAUGAGAAGAAAUAUGAUGUUGAGAUAAAGAAAGAACCAAAAGAAGAAAAGGGAAGUAAAAGAUCUCAUGAGGAUGACAGGGAUGCUAGUUCAACGCCAGCUAAAAAAGUGUUUGACGGUGAAGUGAGAGUGAAGGAAGAAAAGCGUGAGAAAAAGAAGAAAGAUAAGGAUCGAGACAGAGACAGGGAUCGAGAGCGACCGUCUUCUCGAGGUUCUUCGACGCCAAGGCCUGCUGGGCAAGUGGCAGAGCCCCCACAUGGUGCUAACAACGAUCGCUGGAGCUCUGGUGGCAAUCAGAGAGACAGGUUUAGUGGUGACCACAAGAGGGAUAGAUUCGACUACCCCCGCGGCCAGUCGCAGCAAGGCUACCACAGAGAGAGGGAACGCGACAGAGGGGACAGGGAGAGGGACAGAGACAGGGAACGGCCACGAGAGAGAGACCGCGAGCGCGACCGGGACCGGGACAGAGACCGCCCUCGGGACAGGGAGCGGGACAGGGAUCAGAGAAGAUUCCACCACGGGGCGGCUCACGCGGCUCACGCGGCGCCCCUGCCCUACGGCGGCCCCGCGCACUACCCCGCGCCGGGUGGGCCGGGUGGCUACGGCGCCCCUCCAGGCAUGGCGGGCAUGCCGGGCAUGUACCCGCAGAGCAUGGCGGACAUGUACAGAGGGGACCCCGGCCGAGACCCCGGCCGCUACCCGCCCGUCGGCGCGCCGGGCUACCGCGACUACGGCAGGGACUUUGACAGAAGACCUCCGACCAACCCGUCAUAGUGGUCAAGUGACUGCUUUUUAGCAGUAGGUUGUGAUAAUUGACUUUUUUUCGCCUGUGUUGCCCGACUUUCAAGAGGAGUUCAAAGUGCUCAAGACGUUUGUCGACUACUCUCUGUCAUUUUUAAGGCCUGCCUCAGGCAAGGACCUAAGUGAAUGUGCCACUUGUGUGUUAGGUUUUUUCCUUGCUUUUUUUUACCGAGCUAAGUUGGUCGAGAAGAAACUUGUGCCUCUCUUUGUCUCUUUUUGAAGUUUCUCACGUGUUUCCUGAAAACUUUUUUGGCGUGACUAAGUUUUAAGGUGUGUGUUACAAUGAAUUUGACUGUUUACCAUUUACAUGUGUAAGUUGACAUUCAUUUAUGAUGGAUGGAUUAGCAGAUGAUCUUCAUCUCUGUCAUUGUGUGAUCUACCUAUAAAAUGUGCUGUAGGAUGUGGUGUUUAUCUAUUUCAAAUUCCAAAAUGUGAAGUGCUCACAUGCCUCAGAGGAACCUUUUAUUUAUAUAUAUGCAAUCAUACCAAUGAAGAAAAUCAUUUAUUAUUUUCCAUACCAGUGCUUUUUGUUGUGAGUAAUGCAAGUUCUUGGAAUCAUUUCAUUAUUUUGUUGUUUUAUUAUAAUUUCAUUUGUUAUUAUAAAGUAGCUUUGGAGCAAAUUUGAACUGAUAGGCUUUAUAGUGAUUAUUUUUAAUUUAUUAUAGGUUUUCUAAAGUUAUAAAAACUGUAGCUCUCAAAGGCCUCCACAUUUUGUGGUCUGCAGCAGCCAAGUAACUUAUUUUUGUAAUGUAUUCGCUUGUCACAACUGUGGAUUGGCGCCUACUGUGAUCAGUUAAGCUAAUAAUCCCCUUUGGACUUAAACCCUGUCAAGUUUGCAAAGUCACCACAAAUUUGAAAGGUGGAUAACCCUUCAACACUGGUGGUAUUAAUCAGUGCUAUCAACUAUGUCAAAACAUAGGCUACUGCUGUAUAUGCUUCUUUUGCGUCACUUAGCUGUAGAAGUUUCAGGUUAAAUCAUGGGAACGGCCCACCAUCAGUCUGUAUUGUACUCUGUAGGAUUGAUCCUUUCAUCCUGUCUAAACUUUUAUGUAAAUUGAUCAUAUCUUCUGUAUGCUAAUUAAAUGGCAAUCGCAGCUGUGGAGUCUAGGUGACAUUUUUGCUUUGAGAAAGGCUUCAGUCUAGUCUUUCUUGAUACCAGUGCAGGUCCGCUGGUGCUUAUCAGAUGAAUGGGUUUUUAAUUUCACUGUAUUAUGCUUAUCUGGUCAUUGCAUUCUUCUGUCUCUUUAACAUUUCAUUAAUUAUUGUGGGAAGGAUUUUUUGAUCACUGGUGCCACCUUUUCUGCAUGCUACUUUGUUUUGAGCAUGCCACUUUAUUUAACAAAAAUUAUGAUUGUCUUGAAGUCCGUUCACUUAGGCCAAAUAAUCUAAUAAAGCCAGUCUUUUGAGAUUUUUUAUAUCACUAAAUUUAAAUUUUUUGAACUGUUUUGCUCCCACUUAGCACCCAUUAGUAUUUUGCUACUAUGAAGCUAUACAACCAUUCUGGUAUGGUAUAUCAUCUUGGUGUACUUGAUGGCUAGAUUGAAAUGUACCUUGAAGACUGGAACUGUUUUGUAUACACCAGUAGGUGUAGUUAUUUUACCACCUGAAUUUUUAGAAGUUGAUUCUUUAGAACUUAUAAAUGACUGUGAACUGAACUGUCUAUAAUAAAUUAAAAUAAUGUAUCUUAGAUGGUUUUUCAUCUUUCUGUGUUUGGUUAUGAAUGCGCUCCUUCUUUUAUGGAAUAAAUAACCAUUAAUUUUCUUAGUGUUCUGUACACUUCCAAAAGUUUUCAUGGAAUAUUCCCUUCCAGACUUUAUUUUCUGACGUGAUUAAUGCCAGCAGUGCUCUCCGUAACAUCACAAGUCUUAGUUUUCUCUUGAAUUGUCAUAGGACGAGAUUAACUAGUUGGUUAAAUCUGGCAUCCUUCCACAUGUGGCAGUACUUGUGCAAUACAACAAUGCCUUCCAAGUCAAUGUAUCUUGUAUGAAAGUACUAGUACA